AUGUCACGCCCACAUAUUCAACAAAUUCUAAUGGUACUCUCUAUCCUGCCAGCAUAUCACUUAACUCAGGCAGUUCCAUUUUGUAAUUUUGAAGACACCGUCGAUUUGAGCCAUUCCCAAAAAUUUGCCAACGGUUCAUAUUUAUAUGGUGACGAUUUAAUAAUACCGGCCGAACAGGUGAGCAUCUACGACUAUGAAAUUAUAUACGAUGGUGAUCGAAUAUCCCGCGAACCACAUCCACGUGGCUGUGUUUGUCGACCGGGUGAACGCAGCUGCAUCAAAUUUUGUUGCCAUCCGACGCGAGAAACAUUGUCGAACAGUAGCCGACAAUGUGAGGAAUUGUAUGAGGUGCCGAAAUUUAAUCACAACAUGAAGGUGAUAACUAUGAAUGGUACCCGACGUAUUGUUGACAUAACCAAAGAAUUUACCAUGGUCCUGGGCAUACCGUGUGACAAUGCCUAUCCCCUGAAUCCGUUGAUGAAUUUGCACGAAAAAUGGAAUCUGCUGGAGAAUGGUUCACUGGUACUCUACUAUAAUUUACGGAUUUUGAGUAAAAGUGAAUACUGUUUCAUGCCAGAGAUGCGUGAUGAUAAUGCGGCGUUUGGUGGCAGUCCAUGGGUGCUAAGUCCAAUGAUUUGUCCGUUAGAUAAACCGGUUACUGUUUCAAGACUGUUUAAUAAUGUGGCUGAUUGCAUAUCCAUAGUUUUUCUUGCUCUCACAAUUUUGGUUAUCUUGGUGAAACCGGAAAAGAUUAAUUUGCAGGAAAACAGUUUAAUAUGCUUUUUGAUUUCUCUCACCAUUGGCAAUAUUAUUGUGGCCUCAACAUAUAUUUCCGAUACUCAAUUGACGGGUGUGUGGUGCAGUAUUGUGGGAUUCUCUGGGUAUUUCUUUUCUGUGGUAUCCUUCUUUUGGUUAAAUGUCAUCUUCUUUGACAUGCUGAAAAGCAUUGUGAAUAGAGAAAAUCAUUUUGUUACAUAUUUGGCAUAUGGCUGGGGUGUUCCAGCGGCCCUCACCGCAGUAUUAUUGAUAAUACAGAACUCGAAUAUGCCGGAGAAAUAUAAGCCGGGAUUUGGCGAGGAUUCCUGUUGGUUUAAUGCUAAUAAUUUCUCAGCGUUAUAUUAUUUCUAUGGCCUAAAUAUCUGUUUAUUGUGCUUGAAUAUAUUCUAUUAUAUAACGACAUGGCACAAAAUGAAAUCAGUUCUGCAACAUCAACCCACAAGAAGAGACGAUUUGGUUAAGAGUGCGGACCAGUAUGGACGUUUAUUAAUACUGAUGAUAAUAUUGGCAUGUUUCGAAACAAUAUCGAACAUUGAAAAUGUUUUACAUCCGAACAGCGAAACAAUAUGGUAUUUUGUGGCAGAUUUUGUUGAUGCCCUGGAGGGACCUGUGAUUUUUUGGAUUUUUGCAGUUAGACCAAUUCUGGAUAUAAGAGGAAAUCGUUUCCUGGAAAAUGGUAACCAAUAUGAUGCGUUGGAUGAAGGUUUUACAUUAUCGGAUGCUCCGGGUUUUAAUUUGGAAAAUGGUCAGCAAAUAUAUGACCGAUUUUAA